AUGGCUAUCGACGAGGCUGCGCCAGCCGGCAAGAAUCCCAUGAAGCGGCUCUUUGAAGACGACGACGACGACGAUGAGGAGGGGGCCAACGCCUUUGGCUCGGGCGCCGCAGGCAAGGCUGCCUCGUUCACAAUCAACGAGGAGUACGCUCGGCGGUACGAGCACAACAAGAAGCGCGAAGAGAAGCAGAAACUGGAGGAAAAGUACGGCAAGGCAGCAGACGACGUGGACGAUGACGAGUCCUCGUCCGACGAGGGCACCGAAGACGAAGACGGCUACCUCCUGACCGAAGACCUCGACGCACGCAUGUCGGCCGCCCUGCAGGCCAUCAAGAACAAGGACCCGCGUGUGUACAACGCGGACGCCAAGUUCUUUGACGCCGCCGAGGCCGAGAAGGCGGGGGAGGAGGCCGCAGCGGCAUCCGCCCGAGACCCCAAGGAGAAGCCCAUCUACCUCCAAGACUACCACCGUGAGCGCUACUUGCGCGGCGAUGUCGGUGCCGACGACGACAGCGACGACGACAACACAAACGGCCCCGGCGGUGCGUCCCUCACAAAGACCUACCAGCAGGAGCAGGACGCGCUCAAGAAGGCACUCGUCGACUCGAUGAACGCCGCCGACGGUGGUCCUGCCAGCGACAACGACGACGACGCCGACGACGCCGACGCAUUCAUCAAGCCCAAGGCCUCGACCAAGGCCGCCAAAGAGUCGGCCGCCGCCUCGGGCGUCCACCCGUCUCGUGUCGGCCACAUCAAGAAGAUCACCAAGGUCGACGUCGAGAACGCCGACAAGGACCCGGCCCUCUUCCUGUCCAACUUUGUCUCCUCGCGUGCAUGGGUCCCCGACGACGAGACGACCGGCCCCGGAUGGGAGGCGUUUGACUCGGAGGAGGAGGAGGAGAACAAUCGCGAGCGCGCCGAGGCCUUUGAAACCGCGUACAACCUGCGUUUCGAGGACCCGAACAAGAGCAACGAGGUCCUCAAGUCGUACUCCCGUACCGUGGUGUCCGAGCGGUCGGUGCGGCGCGAGGAAAAGACGGCCCGUCAGCGGCAGCGCGAGCAGGAGCGCGAACGGCAAGAGGCCGAGAAGCAAGCCCGCCGCGAGGAGCGGGCGCGUCUGCGCAGGCUGAACAUUGAGGAGGCCCAGGAGAAGCUGGCCAAGAUCAAGCAGGCGGCCGGCGUGGCGGGCCGCGACCUGGCCGAGGACGAAUGGAUGGGUCUGCUCGACGACGCCUGGGACAACGACGCUUGGGAGAGCAAGAUGCGCAAGCAUUUUGGCGACGACUACUAUGCCGAGAAGGACGCCAGUCUGGAGGACGAGCUGGAGGCAGACGGCGAUGAUGCGGACUCGAAUGGCAAGAAAAAGGGCAAGAAGAGCAGCAAAAAGAACCGGCCCAAGAAGCCCAAGUGGGACGAUGACAUCGACAUCAAGGACCUGAUCCCUGACUUUGAAGACGAGGCGCUCCCCAACAUCGCCCUGUCGGACGAUGACAAUGAGAAUGAUGAAGAGGAGGUGGGCGACGACGACAAGGACGACGAGGACGACGAGGAGGGCCACUCGUCGAAGCGCCGCAAGACCGGCAAGGCCCUGAAGAAGGACCGUGCCGACGCCAAGCGUGAGGCGCGUCGCGAGCGUGCGCGCAUUGAGGCGCUCGUUGACCGCCAAAUGGCGCUCGACGACCCGACCGCCCUGGCGGCCGCCGGGCCUGCGACGGGCGUCAACGCCGAGCUCGGCGGUCGGUUCCGCUACCGCGAGACCAGCCCGCAAACGUUUGGCCUCACGGCCCGCGACAUCCUGCUGGCGCCCUCGGAUGCGGCCCUCAACGAGUUUGCCGGCCUCAAGAAGCUGGCCACCUUCCGCGACGAGGAACGCAAGCGCAAAGACCGCAAGAAGCUGGGCAAGAAGGCACGGCUGCGGCAGUGGCGCCGCGACACGUUUGGCGCCGACUACGAGCACUCGGGCCCGACGUUUGGCUUUGAGCGCUUUGUGGACGAGGCGGCCGAGGCCGAGGCAUCGGGCCACAAGAAGAGAAAGAGCAAGCACCAAGAGGAGGGUGGCGACAGCGAUGCCGACAAGCCCAAGAAGAAGAAGAAGCGGUCGCGGAAGAACAAGGGCAAGGGCAAGGCCAGUGACGAAUAG